AUGUCUCCUGAAGGAAUUGUAAAUAUUAAGUAACUCUUUCAGAACUACAGCACUGAUGGAUUUCUGUUUGCAUCAGAAAGUGUUGAAACUUCAGAUCUUGCAAGCAACAAAUUGAAAACUGUACUAGAUCCCGUGGCUGAUAUGAAGAGUUUGAAGCUAGCAAAACUCAGCACAGGUGAGACCUUGAUUCAGGGUUUACUAAAGGAGAUUACACACUUUAAGAAAUAAGAGUGUUCGGUCAGUAACAAGACGUUUAUGUUUUUACCAGAGCAUCUUUUCCAGUUGACAAAACUAAAAUUUAGGUUUCUGAACUUUGCAAAAAAAUUAUUUAAAAGCAUUACAAGUAAACUUCGCAACUAUAGCCUGUCGAAAUGUCUCGUACAUUAUAAUGAACCCAGCUUCCUGCCAAUAUUCCCAGAUUUACAAAUGUAAAGGAAUUUUUUUUUAAGUAGAAACUGACUGGACUCACUGGAUGAACAAACUCUGCCUUUAAAAGACCUCUCUAUAACAGAUUUUUCUGGAAAUGUAUUAAGAUACAUUCCUUUUGAAGAAGAAAAUUGUAUACGGACAACCAGACCUGACCUCGGCAGCGACGAGCUCUCUCAGUUCCCAAAUGCACUAUGUGCACUAUUUGAUCUUAAAACUCUUAGAUUAGUGGCAACUCUUAUUUCAGAAGCAGUACCCGGAUUUUCUGACAUUAAAGAUUUGGGGCAUCUACAAUUAAACACAAACGACCUGUCCUCCUCCUCCGCGUGCUGUGCUGCCUUACGAACCAGCGCACUGGACUGUCGGGGGGACGCCGGCGGUGACGCUCCCCUGCAGCGCCGGCACACGGCCGUAGGACCG